AUGAAUGCCGUCUAUGCCAAAUUUCAAGAGCUCAAGCAAACGCGAGAAAAGGAGAGGGCAAAGGCCAUUCGCGAUGGAUUCCUUGCGGACCCGGACAAGAAGACCAGCCUGGACAAGGCCAUCACUCCAGUCGGCACAUGCACGGAAAUGUGCCCGGAAUUCGAAAGAGUGGAACGGAUUGUCCAGAAUAUGGUCGACAAGGCGGAAAAGGUCCACGACGAAGAGACCGGGAAGGACAACCCUUCCGAAGAUCGCAUGGUGAAGCGAUUCCGUCGCUCUGCUGCCGGGUACGACGAACAGCUCCCCUCCGACAUACGGACUCCCGCCACGCUCCGGAAGACAUUGGACUACCUCCUUGACAAAGUGAUCGGGGGAGAAGAACGGCUAGCCACCAUCCACAAGUUUGUUUGGGAUCGAACCCGUGGGAUCCGAAAUGACUUUUCGAUCCAACAAGUCACCAAUGUCGACGAUGUCAAGGUUGCUGUCGAUUGCUACGAGCGAAUAGCAAGAUUCCAUAUCCUUUCAUUGCAUCAAUUGUCCAACCCAGACAAUCUCAUGGAGGGAGAACACUUUGAUGCGCACCAGGAACGAGAACAACUCAACAACACGCUGCUCUCAUUGCUGUAUUACUACGAUGACAACCGGCAACGAAUGCAUUCCCCCAACGAAGGCGAGUUCAGGGCAUACUGCAUCAUCUUCGAGCUUCAAUCGCAGCAUCCGGAUCUCGAAGAUCGGAUUCAAUCCUGGCCCAAGCAUCUCCUGGACGACAUGAGGGUACAGACGGCUUUCAAGCUGUACAUGGCUGCAGGUAACUCCCUUUUCGAACAAGGCCCUCUGCGCCCUUUGGAGCCGUUUGCCAUCGCCCAGAGUAAAGUGGGAACCUUUUGGAAGAUUCUGUCGUCGACGGCUGUGCCAUACAUCAUGGCGUGUGUCGCCGAGAUCUACUUUGCUCCUGUUCGGUUUGCCGCCCUGGACGCGUUGUGGCGAUCAUGCAAGAGCGCGCCCGCGGCUCAGCAAGCCAAAUCCAGAGACUGGGAGCUUGCCGAAGUGACCAACUUCUUGGGCUUUGAUACCGAAGGAGAGACCAAAGACUUCUGUGCCGCCUUUGACCUCUAUUUCGCCACGGACGACAACGGCGACGAGUAUCUUGACGUGACCUCGAACAGUGCUCAUUCUCUCGAUCAAUCCUCAAUACCAAGUCGGCAGUCGUUUUCACACACCUACGUCGAAAAGAAACGCUAUCACCGAACACUCACUGCUGUCAUCAAUGGCGUGCCCGUCGCCGAAGCUAUUCGACAGGGUUUGGUAGAGCCGGAGAGAGAACAAGAUAGCCCGGAACAGGACGAAGAAGCCUUUGGAGAGGAUGACCAGAGCAUGUUCGUCUCUGAAGCCAAACCCACGGCCACUUCGAUCAAAUCUUCAUCAUUUGGCUCUCCAUUCUCUACACUCAACCCCGAAGCCUCGACAUUUCUGCCCAAGUUCGGAGAGAGCGCUCCGGCCUUGAACAAGCCGGCUGAGAAGUCAACCUUUGGUCAACUAACAGGCUUUGGUUCAUCAAGCUUUGGCAGUUCUGGGUUCUCUGCUGGUUUUGGUUCGCCGUCUUCGUCGUCCUCCUUUGCCAACCCUCUCGCUGGUCCGAAGCCGGUAGAACGAUUCAGUUUUGGAGGCUUCACUCAGCCCCCCAAAGAGCUGAAGUUCAACCCUACCCCUUCGACUGGACCGGCUGCAUCCCAGACAACAGCACCUUCUCCCACCAGUGAUUCCGUGAAAACACCGACUUUCACCGGUUUCAAUUUCGGACCGGCCGUCACCACCUCUGCCACGACUCCCACCACCCCAGCAGCGGCCACAUCUACCUCUUCUGCAAUUCCCCCCAUUUUCGGCCCACGGGCAACUUUGCCAGCUGUGCCAGGGCCAUCCGAAGAGUCCAAAACAAAGAUCGGCUCAGCAACAACACCAUUUCAGAUCCCCAAAUUGGCACCCUUUGUCGAACAACCAGCCAAAGCAUCUGAGUCUGCCUCCCAGUUGACCGAAAAACGACAGAUCGGCUUCCCUCCAGCACCAGCCUUUAUGUUCCAGCCUCAGGCUUCUCAACAGAGUGCGACUCCUGCUCAGACCAUAUCAACACCCAGCCAAUCAACACCGGCGGGCGGACGUUCCAGCGAAGGGUUCUCUUUCAAACCGACAACACCUUCAGCCCCCGCUUCAACAACACCUACUUUCCCAUCGAUGACCCCUCCGUUGGCUUCAGAAACACCACCCAAACCUGCUUCAGAAGGAUUCAAAUUUCCGCCUGUCCAACUACCAACGUUCAAGCCCGCCGAUCAGGCCCAAGCCAAACCGUCCCCGGGAAAUUCUCAUGCCGAACCAUCCACAGAGCCAGUUGCUCGGCCCACUACAUCUGCAAAAGCAUCUCCAGGGGGGGCAGGUCCGCCACAGGUUCCCAUCACCCCUUCAACAGAGCCGGUCUUUGCUGAGGUGGAUCGGGAUCAACUUGUCGCCAAUGUUGCCAAAGUAGCAUUGCUGCGUAAGAACGGGUUGAUGCAGCAUUAUAUUGAAUACACUCUUCCGGAUCUCAUUCGGACAGCGCUAAAUCAGCAUCGGAUCGAGGUCCACGACGCCGCUGUUGUUUCUAUCCGCUCGCGGGUCCUGGCACGGAAAUUCGGGUAUAUCUGGCGAACACGAGCCUGGAAGAACAAACUUAAUCGACGGGCGAAGAAUCGACGCCACCAGUUUGCGCAGACAAUGAGAGCCGAGCAAGAACGGAAGAAGAGAAGUGAGGAGGAAUUGGAGGAGAUCAUCCGUGCCACUCAGGAGACCAAACGUCUGCAGAAAGAAGUGGAACAAGCCACCGAAGCUCGGAAGUCCAGACACAUGAUUCAAGUCGACAGCACACCGGGCAAAGUUGCUGGCCAAAAGCGAAAAAGCUUCUCUGGGCAAAAUCCGUCCGGCCCUGCCGUCUCACAAAUGGGGGCGAGCACGGGGACGCCUUCAAAUCCAGGGCACAAGAGAUCUAGGACGAUGGGCACUUUCUCCGAGCCCAGUAUUUCGACCAGAAGUUCGGUGCCCCCGGUCCCCAGCUUCCGAGCAUCCACCUUCAAACCAGCACAUCACGUUUCGGUCUUCUCGGCCAGAUCGACACUUGGGCGCUCAGUCAGCAACCAAGACUUGCGGCCGUCAAUAUCCGGUCAAAAGGUCGAUACGACCAGCACCGAUUACUUCAGACUCAAGGCCAUGGGCAUUGACCCUGACAUCUCCAUUAUCCCGGACACCGAACAGACUCUCGCCCUUCGAAAGCGACGUCAAGAAGAAGAGAGGAAAGCCAUCCUUGCCAAAUCAAGCCGGCGGGCGGGCCCAGCCGGGUCAGUCCGGAGCUCUUCUACGGCGGCAUCGCCUCAUGCGGCCAGCAGCAUUUCUGUGGAAUCCCCUCCGAAAUCCAAAGAAACGACUCCAAAGACGAACAGCCUUCCUCCCGUCGAAGAUGACUUUCUCCGCCAGAUUAGAGAAGCGCGAGAAGCAAUGGCCGAACAAGCGCGAUGGUUCAAAGAGCAGACGGUCACUCUCGAGAAGGAAAUUAAGCAGGACGAAGAAUUCCGAACCAGUCGCGAGAGUCAACCCUUGGAAGCCAGUGUCGGGACUACUCCUUCAACAAGCGGUGUUGGUCUGGCUAGAAGCAAUGGGUACGACUAUCAACCUUCGCAGGCCAACCCCGGAACCAGUUUGUCGCGAACAGAAAGACGAAUUCGCAUGACCGGAGCGCAUGGUCUAGCCACGAAGCCAUUGAGGUCGGGUUCGGAUUAUAUCCCCGUUGCCAUGUCAAAGAGGAGUGCGAUGGGGUACAGUGUAAGCAGCGGGCAAAUAUCUGGGCUGGCCCACAGCCCCGAAAGAAAACGAUCUCAUGACGACGAUGAUCAUAUUGAACAGCAAAGCCACAACAACAUCAGCGUCGGCAUGCACCAUGCCGCGAAACGUCCUCGGUCAGAUUCGGAGGGGUCGGCUUGGAGAGACAACGGUAUAUAUGGGACUGCGAAGGCUGCCUACAAGCAUACACAGAAUCCUUACGAGCUUCUCCAGUCUGGUUCGCGUGACAAUGGGGACGAAGAAGAAGGCGGAGUUGAGGACUCCGUGGAAGACGAAGCUCAGCACAGCCAGGCAGUGAGAGGCGGUGAUGAAGUCGAGGAUGAUGGGGAGGAUGUUGAUCGAUACCGACAGCCAUACCAUUACCAUACUCAGCAUAGUGUGGAUGCAGAUGAAGUCGAUAUUGGGGCACAUGACAAUGACGACCAAGAAGGGGAAGAAGGGGAAGAAGGGGAAGAAGAGGGACUAGACGUCGAGGAGGAACUGAUGGAGGAAUAUGAGGAUGAGGAUGAGGAUGAGGAUGAACAAGAAGAAUACGAGUCCGAGGAAGAAGAAGAGGAUGAGCUGGUGGAGGAUGACGAUGCCGGCUAUGGCGACUCGGACUCGGACUCAGCCUCGGCCACUCCGGAGUCGUCGACGAACCCAGCGCAUGUGUUGAGUCGGGCAGCCAGUAACGGACCGGGAGCCAGUAUGGACGACGCACUGGUCUUGAGUGACAGCGACUGA